CUUAAUUACUACUUAAUGGAAAUCACUUUUCUUCUCAUUUUUGCAUUAUUCAUAUUCUUUCAAACAUAUGGCGCAAUUAGUGGCAACAUCAUGGUCACAAAUUCCUCAAACAUCACAUGUAUCUUAAGGGAGCGACAAUCACUGCUUGUAUUUAGACAAGGCCUCACGGACAAAUUGAAUAGGCUGUCAACAUGGACCGGAGUAGAAUGUUGUGAGUGGCAUGGAAUUAGUUGUGACAAGAUAAAUGGUCAUGUUGUCGAACUUGAUCUUCGAUCUCCAUCGUCUUUCUUAGACGAACAUUCUUUAGAAAGAAGCAAUUUGCUCGAAGGUAAGAUAAGUCCAUCCUUGCUCAAUUUGAAACAUUUGCGUUACUUGGACCUGAGCAUGAACAAUUUCUCGGGACAAUAUAUUCCUGAAAAUAUUGGGUCUUUGAAGCAUUUGGAAUACCUUAAUCUUUCUAACUCAGGUUUUUGUGGUAUAGUCCCACCUGAUCUAGGAAAUCUCUCAAGGUUACAAUAUCUUGAUCUUAAUCUCCAAUUUUAUGAUGUUUCUUUGAUGGUCAAGGAUAAUCUGCGAUGGGUGUCUUUGUUGUCUUCAUUAAAACACUUGGAUUUAUCAGGGAUAACAAUCGGUAACCAUAUUGAUUGGUUCCAACCAAUUAAUAUGUUACCUUCUUUGCUUACACUGAACUUGGCCUCGUGUGAUAUCAAUUUCUCCUCCAUAAAAUCUGUCAAUUUCACAUCUCUUAAUUCACUUGAUGUCUCUUCCAAUGGUAUCAACUCUACUUUUCCAGUUUGGUUAACAAACCUUACUAGACUUGUGCAUUUAAACCUUGAGAAAAACAACUUCCAUGGCCGAAUAUCCAAUUUUAUUGGAAACUUGAGCUCUCUUUCUUCCAUCGAACUUUCAUCAAAUCAAUUGUCUGGCCCAAUACCUCCCUCACUUAGUGGUCUAUCAUCUUUAAGAGUACUCGAUCUUUCAAGGAAUGAAUUGAGUGGGAAUAUACCUGAAAGUAUUGGGCAAUUAUCAAUGCUUGAAGUACUUGUCCUUUCUGUUAAUCAAUUGACUGGGAGGAUGCCUACAAGCAUUGGACUACUCACGAGGCUACAGAUGCUCUUUCUUUAUACUAAUCAAUUGAGUGGGAGGAUUCCCACUAGUGUUGGCCAGCUUUCAAACCUCAUUACCCUAGAUGUUUCUUAUAACUCAUUUGAUGGGGUUCUUUCUGAAAUUCAUUUCACCAAACUCAACAAUCUAACCUCGUUCGAUUUGUCUUAUAAUUUAGUAACGUUGAAUGUAAGCCCUUAUUGGAUUCCACCAUUCCGGUUGAUGUAUUUUCAUGCAAGUUCCUGCAACAUCGGGCCCCAAUUCCCAAAUUGGCUUCAAACAUCAACAUAUAUUCUAUAUUUACAGAUUUCUAAUUCGAGUAUUAUAGAUAGCAUACCAGAGUGGUUUGAGAACAUCACCUCUCAUCUUUGGUAUUUGGAUUUGUCAGAAAACCAAAUUAGUGGAAAUCUGCCACGAAUGAGGUAUCCAGGUACCUAUUAUGUUAAUUUUGGGAAAAAUCGCUUCAGCGGAAGUGUUCCAACACAGUUAUGCGAGUUGUCUGGUAUAAAAGAGUUGGAUUUAUCCAAUAAUAACUUCUCCGGAGUUCUUCCCAAGUGUUUAGGAAACUUGAUUCAAUUACGAGUAAUAGAUCUUACAAAUAACACCAUAACAGGUGAUAUUCCGAAUUCAUUAGGUUUCCUAUCAUAUCUCCGGUCAUUGCAUAUGCGCAACAACCAAUUUGAGGGCAAUAUCCCGACGGCUUUACAGAACUUGACGAGCUUAGUCACUUGUGAUUUAGGGCACAAUUUGUUGACCGGUUAUAUCCCAUCUUGGAUUGGUAAAAAGCUAUUAAAGCUUAAAAUCUUGAAUCUCCAAUCAAAUAAUUUCAUGGGUAACAUUCCAUCGGAACUUUGUCAAAACAAUGUUCUUCAACAUUUAAAUUUGGCAAACAAUAACAUAACUGGAAUGAUCCCUCAUUGCAUUUAUAAAUUAACUGGCAUGAUUGUGACGGGUGUUGACUUCCAAUACAAUGGAACUGUGUAUGAAGAAAAUGUUGAGACUUACAUAAAGGGCAUCGAAUUGAAGUACACUAAGACACUUAAGUAUCUUACAUCCUUAGACCUUUCAAGCAAUAAAAUUAUUGGCGAAAUUCCUGAUAUUUUGAUGAACCUUACAGCAUUGAACAAUUUGAAUCUUUCUAGAAACUUGUUAAGUGGACAAAUUCCGUCAAUGAUUGGAAAUUUAAAGAAAUUGGAAUCAUUAGAUUUUUCGAUGAACUUAUUGUCCGGUCGAAUUCCUCCAAGUCUGGCUACCUUGAACUUUCUGAGCUACUUGAAUGUGUCCUUCAAUAACUUAUCAGGUGAAAUACCAUUUGGAAAUCAACUCCAAACUUUAGGCGAUCCAUCAUCUAUUUAUAUGGGGAACAACGAACUAUGUGGACCCACACUAUUGAGGAGUUGCAAAAAGAACUUAUCAGAUCCUCAUAUUAAUGAGGAAGAAGGUACAGAUGAUAUUGAAGAUUUGUGGUUAUUAAUUGCCAUAGUUUCUGGUUUUUUUGCUGGAUUUAUGGGAUCAAUUAGUAGCUUGUACUUCAUAAAAGAAUGGAGGGUAGCUUACUAUGAGAUUAUAGAGAAUGUUUACUCAUGGCUCGUAGUAUGGAUUCUAGUAACUUUUACACGAAUACAAAGAAACAUUUUUACUAGUGAGGUAUGAUAUUCCAGAUUUCUAUCAUAUUUCUUUUUCUUAUUUGUUCCAAGGUAUUUUAUUCUUGAAUUCAAAAAUAUCAAUGUUUCUAGUUUGUUCA